AUGAGAGCUUUGACAUGUCGUCAUGAGGAACUGGUGCAUGAACUAAGUAAUGCAUUGGCACCAGGACUGUUUCAGACGCUAUAUGCGGUACAAGAGAAAUUAUACUAUCAAAAUAGUUUGGAGGGGAGUUAUGCUGUUCCCUCCCCACCACCACCCCAACCCCCACAAAUUGACUUCUACAGCGGUUACAGUGAUAUCAUUAUUGGUAAGAGUAAUGGAGAACAUAAUGAGAUCAUCCUGCGUAGUGUCGUUUUGGAGAGGAGACAUGGGAAAGAAAAGGGGUUAACUGCAUGA